GCGUGCUUCGUUCGUCGUGAGGGAGGUAUCGACGCCUCCUUCGAUCGUCUUCAUCGAUGUAUCGCGUUCCAACGAACCCUCUUAGACCCCGUCUAGUACAAUUUCGACCCGUCAUCUUCCUUCCCCCGUAUCUUUUUUUCGCUCGAUUCGACGACUCGAGCGUCGUAUUCGCGUGAACGUGAUCCUCUAACAACGAAUCGGUGACCGUACUUGUUACGUUGGAUACGCGAUGUACGUAUUCGUUGUCCGGUGAAACACCGAUUAGCGAGUAUAUCGCGUCGAAUUAUCGGUCGUCGAUAGUGAGAAAGAUCGAUGGAUGUAGUGCGCGAGACUUCGAUCGGAACUCGAGAAUUAGUGUGGUACAGAGAUGUUUGCACGACGUAAAGGCGAACCAGUUACGAGCAAGUGUGUUCGAUGAGCCAUCGGGAGACACUGUAACACGUGUUCGCAGAGAAAUUUCCUGAGGAUUUGAUUGAUCGGCGACACUGAAUGUUCGACUAAACGAUGUUGUGAAAAUUGUGAAACGAGGUGUGUCGAUCGGAGUGAUCGUCGCGGCUAUUGGAAACAGAAGGAUUACUACUCGCGCAAGAGAGAGUGUAACUCGAAGGAGAGGACGCGUACGUCGUUAGGAUGAUUCGAGGGUGAAACUGUCAAUGAGGAGACGUUCGUCAGUAUGCUGUGGAUAUUGAUCGCGGUGACGUGCAUCGAGCUAUCGACCUUUGCCAACGCACAGUCGACGAGUGAGCAAUUACCGAUGGAGUCGAUACAGGGUGUGGCGGGACAGAGGGCGACUUUGCCCUGUAACAUACAACCCCGAGUACCGAACGACACCAUCUCCAUGGUGCUAUGGUUCAAAGAGGACAGCGGCGAACCUAUUUACAGCUACGACGCGAGGAAUUCACGAUUCAGAAAAGCGAAAUUGUGGAGCGCCUCGGAUUUUUGGGGAGACAGGGCAUCUUUCAAGUCGAGUCCACCUGCUCAACUGACGAUUCGAGAUCUACAGGAGAGCGACGAAGGCGUUUACAGGUGCAGAGUCGACUUUCGAAAUUCGCCAACUAGGAACCUCAAGGUUAACUUCACCGUCAUCGUACCACCGGCCAAGCCGAUAAUCUACGACGCGAAGAGAAGGGACAUGAGCAAACUCCUCGAAGCCUAUCCCGAAGGAGCUGACCUGUUCCUGGUCUGCGAGGUACACGGAGGUAAACCUAGACCUCGAGUCGCGUGGUACCUCGAGUCGCAGGUAAUCGAUACGCCGUCGGAGAUCCGAGAGACCCAAGGGCCAGGAGGCGAAACCAACGUCGUAACCAUAAGCAACGUAACGCUCAAGGAUCUCACGAGAAGUCACUAUCACGCGAAACUAUACUGCAAGGCGAACAACACUCAUUUAGCACCGCCACCCACCACCGCUGUUAUCAUCGAACUUCACAUGAAGCCGUUAAAAGUCGAGAUCACGGGAAAGGACAUGAUUCUAUCAGCAGGGAAGAGAUACGAAACUAGAUGUCAAAGCACGGGGUCAAAGCCACCGGCUAUAUUAACUUGGUGGAAAGCUUCGAAGCAACUGAAGAGGACCAUCAAAAAUUUUCAGGAAGAUGGGACAAGCGUAAGCGUGCUGCAAUGGACUCCGUCGAUCGAAGACGAGGGAAAGUUUCUCGUGUGUCGGGCGACGAAUCCAAAGUUACAAGAGGCUGGCAUCGAGGAACGAUGGAAACUGAAAGUACACUUUGCCCCUGUCGUCACUCUGAAGAUGGGCUCUUCGCUGAAUCCAAAGAACAUCAAGGAAGGUGACGGCGUUUACUUCGAGUGCAACGUUAGGGCAAAUCCUAGAGCUUACAAAUUGACAUGGUUUCACGAGGAAGAAGAGCUCCAUUACAACGUCACCGCCGGCAUAGUACUCUCGGACCACUCUCUGGUGCUUCAAAGUAUAACUCGAGAAUCCGCUGGAAGGUACACCUGCAUGGCCUUCAACGUGGAGGGUCGUGCCAGUUCUAACGUGGUGAAUCUCGAGGUGAUGUUCGCCCCUGUUUGCAAGCACGUCGUAAACUCGCUGCCAUGGAAGUAUCAGAACGCCACGCCGCCGCCGUUGAACGUUCCCGAGGAGAUUCACGGAGCCUUGAAACACGAAACCAUCAGCUUAGUUUGCGAGGUUGAAGCCAGCCCGACCACCGUCACCUUUCACUGGACCUUCAACAGCAGCGGCGACCUCACCGACAUUCCGUCCACCAAGUACACCAACGAGGGUACAUCGAGUAGACUCAACUAUACACCAUCGUCCGACAUGGAUUACGGAACGUUAGGCUGCUGGGCCAACAACGAAGUUGGUCCCUCGAGACAACCGUGCAUUUAUCAAGUGAUCGCAGCAGGUAGACCGUAUCCGUUGCAAAACUGUACGGCGUACAAUCAAACCGGCUCUUGGAUAAGGAUAUCGUGCGUGGAAGGAUAUGACGGUGGUUUGCCGCAGAAGUUCGUCGCUAUCGUGGACAAACAGCGUUUGGAGUCGGCGAAUCCCUAUUGGGAACUGGAACUUCGCAAACCAACCACGGUCGCCCUUUACGCGGUCAAUAUGAAGGGCUCCAGCGAUCCUGUGAUUAUGGAAGGCGAAGCGCUGAAAGGUGUUGCUAAAUUUACCGGGGAAUCGGUAUCGUCGGUGGACAUGUCGCCGAUUCUGAUUGGACUUGGCGGCACCGCAACCGGUUUAGGUUUAAUCGUGACCGGAGUACUAAUGGCACUUUGGCGAAAACACGCGGCCACCCCGACAAAACCGAAGCCACCCCAACAGCCUAGUAUCGCGACUUUCGCUGGCAAGGGCGAAGAAGAAGACGGAAAUCCUGAUCUCAUACCCACCACUGCUUUGACCAAUCAUCUCACAGAGAGGAAGCUUUUGCAUUACGGUUCCCUGCCACGAAGGCCGCGUCAGCUGGAAGGUCGAGAGAUGUCCCACGACGUCAUAGAAGACUCGGAUUAUCCUCGAGCAUCGCCAAACACAUUUUACAGCCUCCAAAGGCCACAUCGGUACUCGGAGACGGUGAUCAGAAGUGCCGUGAUCCAGGAAAGUUGUAUCUAAGAUUUAAUCGAAAGAAGGGAACGAAGAAAAGCCUUGUAACAGGCUGAUCGAGAAGGAAAAAGCCAGGUCCAAAGAGCUUAAUCGAGGAGCGAACGAGCUCCGUGAAUAUAACGCUCUUAUCAGAGAAACAAAACAAGAAAAAAUCAAAAACUAAGAACAAGACUAAAGCCAUGCUUACGCCACCUUGUACACGUUUAAGCGUACGAAGACAUUUAUUAGCGACUCGAUUAACAAUAUGCCUUUGUAAAUAUUGUAUAUAAAUAAAACAACACAUCGAUUUCGUGUUAACGUUCUUUUUGUAUUACGAUACUACCGUACCCUGGCCACGUGUAAACUUUACAGAAAAGAAGAAAUCUCGAGAGAAGAUCGUACUUGUUUGUAUGCACCUGGAAACAAUAAAGUAUGAAUAAUCAUUAUCCUUCCGUAAGUUUUUUUUUCGAACGAAACUCAA